AUGCCUAUUGCCAGAGAUCGCGUUGAACAAUUACAAGUACAAAAGCUUAUCUAUGUUGUACGGACAGAAGAUGUUGACCAAAUCAAAAAACUAUGUGAGAAAGGCGUGGAACACUUAAUUAACUACAAUGACCCUCAAAAUGGCAUGACUGCGCUUAUAGCGGCUGUAACACAGAAUAAUGAGAAAAUGAUCAAAUAUCUUUUACAACUCGGUGCACAUCCCGAUGUGAUUGACUUUGCUGGUCGAACAGCGCUGAUGCAUGCUGCUGAAUAUGGUCACAUCAAUGCUUUGCAAUUACUACGAGAAGCAAAAGCUAAUCCGAAAAUUCAGGAUCUCGAGGGAAGAGAUGCUGUUUAUUAUUGUUUCACUGAACCUACUCAACGUCAUAAAGCAUGUCUGAAAGUGUUACUUGAGAUGGGUGCUGACGUUAACAAUCGAUCGCGAAGUGGUGUGCCAAAUUUAGUUCAUGCUUGCUUGAAUUCAAAAGAACAAGAAGAAUUUUGUAUUGAUCUUAUUCGAGCCGGUGCAGACGUUCGACUUGUCGAUGAAACAACCAAUCGUACGGCUUUACAUAAUGCUUGUUUAUCUGGGAGUGAAAACGUUGUUCGAGAACUUCUACGAGCUAAAGCUGAUCCAGACGCUCUCGAUAAUACACAAGCUGCGCCCGUACACGAAGCAGCUAAAGGUGGUAACUUCGAGCCUAUCAGAGUCUUAUCCGGUUUUAUUGCCAAGUUUGAUGUACUCGAUGUACUCGGCAACAAUCCGAUUCAUUAUGCAGCAUCAUCCAAUGCUGGUACUGCUCUGCGAUUUUUGGGUCAACGAGGCUGUAAUCCAAAAGUGAAAAAUCUCGAAGGCCUGCUGCCAAAGAAAAUCGCCGAGCAGAACAAAGCAAAAGAUGCAAAGAAAAACAUUCGAAAAGCAACCAAAGGUUAUGAUGAGAUGACCCUAUUUUUACGUCCAGGCGAAUUUCGCGAUUGGAAGCUGGUACUCUACGACUAUGUUUAUGAAAAUCAGGAAAGAUUGGAGAAAAUGUUUGAAGAGCUCGAUGUCGCCGAACCGAAAACAGGCGUUAUAUCGACAGAAAGCUUUCAAAAGAUUAUCGAAGACGAAGGUCUAUUGUCGUAUAUCAAAGCGGAGGAUUUGAAAGAAAUCUGUGAUAAACAUGAAAAAGAACGUCAUGAAUUCGAUUAUAAAGCAUUCCUAACUGGAAAGAAAUAUUUAACGAAACCUUACUUAAUGGCUGCUUUUGCUGGUAAGAAGAAGAAGAAGAAGAAACAAAAGAAAGGAAAGAAAUCCAAACCACUUCUACCAAUCGUCGUUCGAGAUGACGGCCCUAGAACAUCCAAUGGCAAUCCACCAAUGAUCUAUGCACCCCAACAUGUGCAUCUUACAGAUCAUACACGAUUCUCAAGAGAUAACCUACCAAGAAAUCCGUUGGAAGAUGAUUCGCCAUGGUAUUUAGACAAGCCUGACAAAGGUUACAUUAACUUAUGCGAUGCUGCGUAUCGAGGCGAUCUACAGACAAUGUUAGAUGCCUUUAAACGAGGUGUACCUGUUGAUAUUACCGAUAAGUUCAUGAAAACACCGUUAAUGGUUGCAUGCGCACAUGGCGAUAUAAAAACUGUUCAAUUUCUUCUUACAUGCGGAGCGCAAGUUAACCGGUUCGAUAAUUUUAAAUGGACACCACUUCAUCAUGCAGCUCAUAGUGGUGUUCUCGAUGUUGUCGAAGCAAUUGUUGAUGCUGGUGGAGCGAUCAAUGCCGAAUCCCUAACCAAAGCUACGCCUUUGAUGCGUGCCAUUGAAAGUUCAUCAUUUCCAGUCUGUGAAUAUCUUAUGAGCAAAGGAGCGAAAGUCAUGCAUGAAACCUGCUCGGGAAUUGAACCAUUAACUGUCGCAGUUGAAUUUGCUGAUCCACGUAUCUAUCAUUUGAUCAAUGAAAAAGUCAUUCUUCUUACAGGAAACGAGAAGAAUAAGAAAGGUGGUUCGAAAAAGAAACCGCCAGCGAAGAAACCAGCCAAAGGAAAGAAGGGUGGCGGAGUCGAAGAGCCUGAACAACCACCGCCUGUCGAUCAACCACGACGUGGUUCACUAUUACGUGCUGCUGCUGAAUUGGCCAAAUCAUAUGAAAAGACGGACUCGAUUGCUUUUCAUCCGAAAACUAAAUGGACUGAAUUGCCAACGACGAAGGAGCUUGUACACGAAAAAGCUGUCACCCGUGACCGCUUAGGUUGGGAAGUCGACUUUCAGGACUAUAAGAUGCCAUUUAUGAGUAACUUGAGUAAACGUUUGGAACAAAUGGCCUUACCUGAAGUCAAAAUAUAA